AUGUUCGCGCGUGGCCGACCGUGUCUAAGAAGACGCUUGCCUGUCGUCUUGGACACCGUUGCGGCUGGCCCCGACGAACCUCUUUUGUUCCUCUACCCCCGAUGGGCCGCGUCCGUUCUGCAACGACAGCAAUCGAUCGCGUCCUUGACACCCGCCGCGGCUCCUUCAAAGGCAAUUCGAACCUCUGAUCGCUCUUUGCAACCUCCUCGCCCGCGUGCCUCGUCGCCCGCGCUUCGUCGACAAUCGAGCAAAUGGAUCUCUACGAACGCUGCGGGCACGGCCAACAAGAGGCCUAAUCGGUUGAAGGCCGUCGCAGAAAAAAGGGGUGCCGCGGAGCAAAGAGCGGCGGAGAAAAGGGCUGCAGCAAAGCAAGAGAGGGCCGCGGAAGAAGAAAGAGCGGUCAAUCUUGAUCGGGGAGAAGUAAACAACGAGGGAGCUGGCCCAGGCAAUGGCAGCGAAGCACUGGCCGCAUUGGCCACAGGGCCCAGGAGACCGGUCCAAAAUCUCGCCGGUAUCGAAGUCGACACUCCGAACAGAACCCCUCCGACUAUCUGGAAAAACAGAAGACGCAACAGGGAUAUCCUCACGUCACGAUUUCCGGGUACAUCUCAACAAAGCAUUUCUCGGAGACUCAGACCAGAAUACAGACUGUCUCGCCGGGAUCAAAAGAAGCUGCGUUAUGGAAUGUGGCUCAAAAGGCGAACCGGCGAUGUCAGCCUAUCAUCUGGUAACUGGCUAUCUCUCAAGGAUGUCUUGGAAAGACGAGAACAGGGAAGCUACCAAGGAACAAGAAAGAGUUACAGGCAGAGGGAGCUAUAUCUCCCGGAGGAGACCAUUGGGUUACUGUCUGGGGUUACUGAUGCGGCUAUGAAGGAAAACGUCUGGUACAUUGCCGUUCACAACGGGUGUCGCGUGCAGGUACUGCACCCGAGAGAAGGCGACGGUAUCAACCGCAAGGUGAUAUUGUCAGGCUCAGACCAUGUCACGGAAAUUGUGGAAGGGCGGUUCAGACGCCAGCAGUCCCUUCAAUCCAGUGGGGAUCCUCUUGUCAGCAUGUCCAAGCCUUUGCUUCCUAUGUUCUCCUCCACGGACCUGAUGCGACGCAAGAAUAUCCCAGUCCCAAUGGUUCGAGGGAUAUGGUAUUUCCCCAAAGCCUAUGGGAAGGAAUUCAGCGUGGAUGAGGUCAUCGCGCAACGUUCGUCUAUCAAUACCGUCAGAGAGCUUGCAGAAUACAUCGAUGAUCUGACUCAUGCCCGGGCACCGCAUCUGUUUGAGAAGGUUGCGAACAAUUAUCGAAUUCUUCACCACCACGAACAAAUUGCCAAAGAGCUUUUGUACCUCUUUCGACAAGAUUACGUUCAAAAGCUCUGUUCUUCUGCGGCUCUGAAUCAGGCUCUGACCUUCUUGUGUGAACACGAAUUCCUCAGAAUCGCCCGAGUGGUCUUUUCUCGAGCAGAGCAUGUUGCGACUGCAGAAACAUAUAACAUCUUUCUGCGGUACGCAGGCAGGCGCCAGGAUAUCAUCAUGUUCCGGAAGUUACUAGUCUCCAUGUCGCGAGCGCAGAUUCGCCCAAACCCAGAGACAUGGAUCGCGUUACUGAGCGCAAUGGUCACGCCGAGUGCAAAGGCAUCUCUCAUGACGCACAUGGUCCAUAAGGGCUUGUUGAAGGAAACGAGCAUACUUCGGACAUCGCUCCAGCUGACAAUCCAUGAUUCGCUCUGGAUACAUCUGGAAAACGGCCAAAGCAUGGAAUCAUUCAUCGCUCUAAUGUACGAUACCCACGGGGCCAAUUGGUUCUCUAUUUCGCUGCUCAGCCAGAUGUUUGCCGUCACUUGUCGCCAGCGAAAUUUUGCUGCUACGGAUGCACUGCUCAAAAUUUGUUUUGAAAGUCAGCUUCCAGUCGGCAGUGAGACUCUCUCAGCCGUCCUGGGCAUGUGUCGACGCAAUAUCUCCGCUGCGCUCCGUUACACAAUCGAGCUACUCCGCAUCCCUGGGUUUCGGCUUUCAGAAGAGGAAUUCGACCUGCUUUUCCGAAUCGCCUAUAAGGCUCAACGCUAUAACAUCUGCCGUGUUUUGUGGCGUUACGCUUGCGUAUAUGAGUGCGUCUCCUACAGAAUGAAACUCAUCGUGACGUCCUCCCUUUGUCGACACACUGUCAGAAUGGGAAUCACCAGAGAAGAGACCCGAAAUUGGCAUGUCAACGCAGGCAAAUUUAUCGCUGGUCUUGAACAGCAUUUGCCUGUCAAAAGUCCGAACACAUGGUACCCCAAGUAUGUUAUUGAUGGUCUCCCCUCGGAAUUCCGCAACAACGCCUUGGGUUAUUUGUUGUCAUCCGGGUUUAAGACUGGCGCAGAACGUACCUUCCAGCUUCGAGUGGCCAGCGCCGUCGCCCAACGUGAUCGUCUUUCGGGGGCAUAUCGCUAUCACGCCAUGUUCCCGUUAUCCGUCAUGCUGGAGGCUGCUGAGAUCAUAGACAAUGAUUGGAGAACCCGUCCCCCGAUGACAUUAUCCGAGAUGCUGGAUGAAGGCAUCAAGGUGCCCAUCGCCCGACGAUCGUCGAGUCUCCGAUACCCCAAAUAUCCGCAUGGAGACACUACGCAAGAACCCCUCCUCCCCUCUUCCCCCAAGACCCACUCUCUUCCUAAGUUAAUGUGA